AUGGGCCGUGUCCAGAGUUCGUGCAUCCGGAAUGUGUAUACCAGCAAAAUUAUUAGUAGUGACAGGGACCAGUUAAGCGUUGUGUUCUAUGGUACAGAAAAGAACAAGAACUCGGCAGAUUUCAAGCACAUCUAUGUUCUUCAGGAGCUGGACAAUCCAGGUGCAAGGCGUGUUCUAGAGCUGGACCAAUACAGGGGAGACGAAGGACGAGUACUUUUCCGUAAGACCUUUGGCCACAAUGCUGACUAUUCACUGGGCGAAGCACUCUGGGCCUGCUCUAAUCUCUUCAGUGAUGUCCGAGUCAGACUGAGCCACAAAAGGAUCAUGCUCUUCACCAACGAGGAUGACCCUCAUGCCAAUGACAGUGCUAAAGCCAAGCUGGCCAGGACCAGAGCUGGUGAUCUGAGAGACACAGGUAUCAUCCUGGACUUGAUGCACUUGAAGAAGCCUGGAGGGUUCGAUAUCUCUUUGUUCUACAGGGAUAUCAUAAACAUAGCAGAGGAUGAGGACCUUGGGAUCCAACCUGAGGAGUCAAGGAAACUGGAAGAUCUCAUGAAGAAAGUACGAGCAAAGGAGACAAAGAAACGGACUUUAGUCAGGUUAAAUCUGUAUCUGAGCAAAGAUCUGUCGCUUUCUGUUGGUGUUUACAACCUUGUUCAAAAAGCUUAUAAGCCGUAUCCGGUGAAGCUUUAUCGGGAAACUAAUGAACCAGUUAAAACAAAAACAAGGAUGUUUAAUGGAAAAACAGGCAGCUUGCUCCUGCCUAGUGACACAAAAAGGGCUCAGACAUAUGGAAACCGCCAGAUUGUGCUGGAGAAAGAGGAAACAGAAGAAUUAAAACGGUUUGAUUCUCCGGGCUUGUUUCUGAUUGGCUUCAAACCACUUUCAAUGCUAAAACAGCACCACCAUAUCAAGCCUGCCCAGUUCAUCUAUCCUGAGGAGUCCCUAGUAAGUGGGAGUACAACGCUAUUUAAUGCCUUAUUGAUGAAAUGCUUGGAGAGGGAGGUGAUGGCACUGUGCAGAUACACCGCCCGCCGGAACACUCCCCCUCGCUUCGUGGCCCUGGUUCCCCAGGAGGAAGAGGUGGAUGAGCAGAAAGUGCAGAUAGCCCCUCCAGGUUUCCACAUCAUUUUUCUACCAUACGCAGAUGACAAACGGAAUGUUGAUUUUACAGAAAAGGUGCCAGCCAGUCGAGAACAGGUGGACAAAAUGAAGGAAAUAAUUCAAAAACUCCGAUUCAAAUACAGGACUGACAGCUUUGAGAACCCAGUUUUGCAGCAGCACUUCAGGAAUCUGGAGGCUUUGGCACUGGCUAUGACGGAACCAGAACAAGCUGAGGAUCUUACAAUGCCAAAGGCUGAAGAGAUGAACCGCAGGCUGGGCAACCUGGUGGAGGAGUUUAAGCAGCUGGUUUAUCCCCCUGACUACAGUCCUGAUGCGAAGGCUGUAAAGCGAAAACAAGCUUCUGAUGGUCAAACCGAGAAGAGGCCCAAGGUAGAAGUCUCAAAAGAUGAGCUGUGGAGUCAUGUGCAGAAGGGCACUCUAGGCAAGCUCACUGUACCUGUUCUGAAGGACGCAUGCAGGCUUUAUGGGCUGAAGGGUGGGGGGAAGAAGCAGGAGCUCAUGGACGCGCUAACUGAAUACUUCGGUGAGCACUAAGCAGGAGCAGAAGGCCCUGGUUGACUUCCGUCUGCUUAAAGUUUUGGUUGUCUUAUGUGGAUGCUGCGUCUGUUUAAUCUUGCUGUGGAGGAGAAGGCAACUAAGUGUUGCUGAACCUAGCAGCGGAGAAACUUUUUACUUUUAGUUGUGAAACAUCUCUGCAAAGUUGGAUUCUCUUCACAGUAGCCAAAGGCAGAAUUAAAUUCCCUGCUAACUCAGGUCACCCACUGCAAGUAAACACAGUUGUGCCUUCCUGGUUUCUUAAUAAAAGUUAUUUUGGACUUCUUAAUUUGCAACACUGGUUAUACCAUCUUUGCAUCAUAAAGACAGCAAAACUCACUUCAAUGUGAGUAAGAAAACAGAAUGAUCUGUGUUAAUGGCACUGCAUGAGUUCAAGCAGCAGGUCAAGUCUGUAUGCUAACAGGGUAUAAACGUGGUAUAUUACUCUCCUAAUCUCCAAAACAGCCAGUCUGUAUCAGUACUUGUAAUCAAAUUGGGUUCUUUUCCAUCAUUGACGUUACAAAGAUUGCCAGCAGAUCAUAAAGGAGAAAAUCAUUACUGGGAAGCAGUAGCCAAUCCUUUGGGCAAAAAGCCAGCACUUCACAAAGCUGCACAGCCAGGUCUUCCAUUUUUAAAUGGUAAUAGCAAAAGCUGGUUUAAAAAAGGGGGGAAAAAAAAAAAGCCAUGUUCCCUGGAAGGCUGCAAGCACUUACCCAAUUAAAUUACUGAGAUCGUAUAGAGCUUUUCCACCUCUGUAGCAAGUAUGAGUCAGACUAUUGUGCAGGCUUCUGUACUCAAAUCUGUGCUUUAAAAAUAAAAAAAGAGCAAGUUGUGGAGAGUAGCCCUUGUUACUUCCAGUAUUUUUAUUUUUUUAAUCAUACUUAAUGGAGGCUGCAUCUGGGCCUGUCUAUGUUUUCGUUUUUAAACUUUCACACGUGGCAUGCUGCGCUUGUCUUGCAGUGCAAGAUGAUUAAACCCAACAGUCAUUGCCCUUGCCGUAGAAAACAGUACUAAUUGUUUAGCUAAACUGUAACUUUCUAUGGGAUGUAAACAUGGGAUACAUGAGGUAUCCAUUUUGGUCUGUGUGGUGUUUUUUGGGAUUCUUGUGUUUGGCACACAAACUAUUGGGCAACUUAUCGAAGAAUUAAGUCAUAUAUUAAGGUCGGUUGUGCCCAUGCUGUAGUGUGGCACACAUAUUGGAGCCAGCUGUGAACGCUCUUGGCACUGUGACCACCCUAGCUGUGCCAGCAAGCUGCUCACUUCCACCUCCACAGCCCCUCUCAGAAGAGCAGCUAGCCCAUGUUGAGCUCUGCAGGAUUGAAGCUACGUAGUCUAUUACACUUUCAAUCAGCCAGCAUUAUAGUUGUUAUUUUUAGUAAAGAUUUGUCUAAGCAAUCAAUUUAUUUUGCCCUUUGGCAAAGAAGUUACUGUCAAUGCUUGUCUUAGCGACGCUUGAAUUGAACACAAUAAAAUAGUGAGACUA